AUGGUGUCCGAUUUCAGAAAGAAGAAGCUUCUUCACGUGUUCACGUCAUUCUUUGACAGGAACGCCAGUGGCUCAAUCGACAAAAAGGAUUUCGAAUUGGCUAUUGAGAAUAUCACCAAGCUAAGAGGAUGGGCGGCUGGUGACGCUAAGUACAAGGAAGUGCAGAGCACUCUUUUAAAAAUUUGGGACGGUCUUCAGGGUCGUGCUGAUGCUAAUAAAGACGGUGAAGUGUCCACAGACGAAUGGAUCGCUAUGUGGGACGAGUAUGCCAAGAACCCUUCGGCCCCGCUUGAAUGGCAAUCCCUUUACGCUAAAUUCAUCUUCCAACUUGAAGACGCUAGUGGUGACGGGGCCAUCGAUGGAGAAGAAUUCUCAUCAGUUUACGCUUCUUUCGGAUUGAACAAGGAUGAGGCUCUCGCUGCCUUUAGGAACAUGUCCAAGGGAAAAGCUAACGUGUCCUGGGCCGAAUUCCAGGAACUAUGGAAGGAAUACUUCACCACUGAGGAUCCGAAAGCACCAGGAAACUUCAUCUUCGGAAAGUCAAGCUUCUGAUUUCUCGUUAGAGUUUAUAACGACCUGUAUUAUGUUAGCUAUAAUAUUACGUGAAGGUAGUGGAAGUGAAAUUUGACUGCGUAUAUUUAAAUUAUUAACUCAUUUGGCCUUAGAUAUAAGUAUUAAUAUUAAAAAUUCAAUUGAGCUGGAGCUAUGGUCAGUUGUUGCAAUAAAAUAUAUACAAUAUA